UGAAUCCUGGAAUUGUGAUAUUCUAAAUACAUGUGCUUUGUGCAGUAGACAUAGUGCCGAGUCUCCAUGCAGCUGGCUGGACAAUAUUUUACUGUUUUUGUAGUGGAGCCACGGAACAGAAGUCUCGGCCACGAGUAGCUACGCUUGCACAGCCAAAGACCUGGCAUUUCUUAGUUGGGAGAUGAGAAAUGGUGUCCCACUUGCACCAUGUAGCCCUCCCCAGAUCCUAAGCUGCAGGAGAAAAUUGUUAAACAAAUCGUUUGCACCAAUUGGGGCUGCACAAUUGUAUCCAUGCGAGGCUGAAGUGGGACCUCGACAGCUUUGGCGAUCGUGUCCGGAAUAUUUGACAUGAUUCCAUGAUAUAUAAGGCGCGCAUGGCCUGGUUCAAUUCAUCCAAACAUUCACAAGUUCAGCUAGUAGUUGUCUCCAUUUCGCUUCAGCAGCAGCACUCAGGCUUCCCUCUGACCUGAGGCAGCUGCUUAACUUCACGGUCUUAGUUCACAAACAUGGCGACAAGAUCCUCGUCCUCGGUUCUAGUUUUUGUUGGACUUGCGGUCCUGCUGGCGGCUGUUGCCGAUGCUCAGCUUUCCGAAAGCUUUUAUGCCAGGACUUGUCCUGGCGGCGUGCAAGCUGUAGCCAAUGUCGUCAACAACGCUGUUCGUAACGAUAGAAGAUUCGCAGCAGGACUUCUCCGUCUCCAUUUCCACGAUUGCUUCGUUCGCGGAUGCGAUGCCUCUGUACUCUUGAACUCCGCAUCCAGAAAUGCAGAGAAGGAUGCUCCACCCAAUCUUACUCUCCAAGGAUUCGCUAUCAUCGAUCAGGCCAAGGCAGCUCUUGAGAGAACAUGCCCCGGAGUUUUCUCAUGCUCUGACAUCCUGGCGCUGGCUGCGAGAGAUGCCGUCAGCUUCAUUGGAGGACCCAGGUGGAGAGUUCCCCUCGGGCGCAGGGAUGGAUCCAUUUCUCGUGCUGCCGAAGCAAACUCCCAGCUCCCGACUACUAGGAUGGGCUUCAGGGCGCUUGCUCAGAACUUUGCUCGCAAGGGUCUCAGCGAAAGCGACAUGGUCAUCUUGUCAGGCGCGCACACCAUCGGUCUCACCCACUGCCGGGACGUGACUCCGCGCAUCUACAACUUCGCCGGCAGCCGCGACGGUGCUGACCCUUAUCUGAACAGGACCUACGUGACUGAGAAGAGGAGAGCGUGCCCCAACACCAGAGCUGCAGCAGGCAACUUCGUGAACCUCGACUCCAGCCUCGGAGGCCAGCGCUUCGACAAGAACUACUACGAGAACGUUCUGAACCACAAGGCCGUCUUCAACUCCGACGAUGCUCUGAUCGCGGUGGCUCGGGGUCUGAACCAAGUGCGCAGCAUCGUCAGGAAUCCUCAGUCCACCUUCUUCUCUCAGUUCGGAGCUGCCAUGGAGAAGAUGGGCAGAAUCAGCGUCUUGACCGGCUCACGAGGACAGAUUCGCCGAACCUGCUCGAGGACGAACUAGAUCUUCCUUCCAGUGUUCAUCUUUUUUCUAGCUUUGAUUUCAACCAUUCACCAACUACUUCAUCGAACGAUGAGGUUUCUCACUUAUCUGAAAAAGUAAAUUGUGUGUAUAUUCCUCUUAGUCCAAGGCCGAGGCGUGCAGAUUUCCUAUUGAGAACUAGUGAAAGCUUGAGCCCGAGAGGACACCGGUGCGAACUUCUACACUCCUGUCGAUGGAUCUACGCGAGACAAAUGAGGCAGGCAGGCAGGCAGCGAUAGAGAAGGAGUGCGUGUGGGUGUCCUCGACGAUUGCAUUUUGUGCUCGGAGUGUGGGAGAAGAAAUCUCCCUUCGUAUAUAAAAACCACAACAACAGAAUUUUGGCUCCAUGAAUGAGGAGUAACAGAUAUACAGUGUUCACAGCAUUAGAACCAGGCCCAAGGUAGGACUAGAUUUGAUACUUAGGCUAGCAGAAAACACCAUUCAUUUCAAUCAUUGAGCAUACUUAGGAGUUUACUGUGCUAUUCUAUGCUAUUAGCAUAUGAGCAGAUCUAAACAUCCUGCCAUUCAUGUCGUGAUUGA